AUGGUCAAAGGAUGGUCAAAUUCAGACUGUGUCCGACCAUGGCAACAAGCACAGAUGAGCAAACCAACACUCAGAAUACCAUCCAGAGCUAUAGAAUGUCAUCCAGAUGAUCAUAACUGCCCGGCAGGAAGGAACCCAGUGUGCCAAUACUCAUUACGCAGUCAAAAAUAUGUCUGCUGUGAGGACAAAAAAGAUGCCGACAUUCCAACCUGUCCCAAAUACUAUGAGACUCUUCUUCUCCCAUGCGGAAACUCAGUGGAUUCACAAUGUCCUCGUGGCUAUCGAUGCUUAGGAAGUCUAGGAGAUGACUCCAUAAAACUUUGCUGCAAACCAAACCGAACUCUUGAGUACAGGGAACCAGAGCAUACCUUCCGUGAGAAUAGAAUUGUUCCUCGUCUUCUCCCAAUAGCACCUGCUUAUGAGCUUAUCGCAACAUUCAGUGAUGAACAAAUUUCAAUGGGACAACUUUUCGAUGCUUCCAUCAUUGAGAAACUUGCGGAUCCUCCAAUAAUGUCUGCCGGAGUUGAAUUACAAGAUGAAAAGCUUUAUACUAUCAUUCUAGCCGGUAAACCUCAUUUUCUUACAAAAUCAUCAUUCUUAUUGACAGAUGCAACCUCAAAAGCUGUCACAUGGCUCGUAGCAAAUAUUGCUGCCUUCGACGGUCAAUUGGAAAUCCACAGAAGAACUAAAUCUGCAGUUUCAUAUCAGCCACCAGACGAAACUGAUAAACCUGUUGGUAUGCACACCAUGAUUUUGGCACUUUUUGAGCAACACGACACAUGGUCGCAGAAGGAUUUGGCUAGGAUUGCAAUGGAUGAUUUCAAUUUCGGAGAAUGGCUUGAGGAAUACGCACAUGUUUUGCCAGGACAGCCACUUGCAGCAACGUUUUAUGGAUAUUCAACUAAAAAGGAUGAUAGGAAGAGAAUCUGA